UCACUCUCAUCGGCAUCCCUUUUGCCCCCGAAUAAUUUCACCACACCAAACACCCCCUUUCCUUUCCUUUCCUUUCCUGCACAUUUUUGGACAAUGUGGAUGAUGGGUUACAAUGAACCUCAUGAAGAUCACAUGAACAUCAACAUGGUCGAAUCUUACACCACCAAUGGCACCCGGAAGUUACGACCGCUUGUUCCCAGACCACCUCCGCCCACCUGCGCCGCCACCUCCUCCUCCUCCUACAACCGCUUUCAUGAACAUCUUCUCCCCAUAAAUCACCAUCUUGCUGCUGAACAAAAUAAAAGAGAAUUUAAUUCACAACAAAUGGUGGUUGUGAGCUCACGGUGGAACCCUACGCCGGAGCAGCUGCAAACCCUAGAGGAGUUAUACCGUCGAGGGACACGAACACCGUCCGCUGAAGAGAUCCAACACAUCACCGCUCAGCUCCGCCGCUAUGGGAAGAUCGAAGGGAAGAAUGUUUUCUACUGGUUUCAGAAUCACAAGGCAAGAGAACGCCAGAAACGACGUCGUCAGCUCGAUAAUCCUGCAAAAGAGCUGCUUCAUCAACCUCCUUUCCAGCUUACCACAGAUAUUAACAUACUUAAUCUUGAUCAAUCUAUACAACGCAAGGAUUCAGAGGUUGAAGAGACUAGAAACUGGGCAAUACCUACAUUAUCAGAGAAGAGCAUGCUAAGAGAAAGAACAAAAAAAGCAGCAGCAGAUGAGGGUUGGAGACCAGCUGAGCAACAACAAGAAGAAGAAGAAGGAGAGGAGGGAAAUGAUCAGCUGCUGCUGUUACACCGUAGGAGAAAGAGCAUCCCUGCAAGGAAUGCCACGUGGAGCCACAUGAUGCAAUGCUUGUCUUCUUCUUCUCCCACCAACCACAUAACCCUUGUUAAUAAUAAUAAUAAUUCCAAUACUACUACUACGACUACAGUUACCACUUCCAAAACGACGCCAUCCCUUGUGGUUUCAUCUCACCAUGAUGACGUGGACUCUUAUGAAACCCUAGAGCUGUUUCCGGUAAACAGAACCGUCGACCACGGCAGAGAACAGCCGGAGAAAUGUUUCCUUCAGACGAGUGACGUCACCCUCAACCCUCGACAGUUCAUCGAGUUUCUACCCUUGAAAAACUAGUCAAAUUGUAUGUCUUGUCAACUUAUUGUACGUUUGGCCCUUGUGCUUUUCAUGCUUUUUUUUCUCUGGUCACGUAACUUAUAUAUUUUCUUUUAA